AUGUCAACAGCAACGGAAACUCCUAUAACCAAGAAGCGCAAGCGGCAGAUUGUGAAAAAUGCACCUAUUAAUAAAGACAAAGGAUCCUCCAAUCCGGCCAGCCCGGACCCACUCUCAUGGCCACCGCAUUUCCAAAAGCUAUCUGCAACCCAUAAAGCUCUAAAUCUCGUCUACACUUUCUGCUGUACUCGAAAACACCUCGCUACAACCUUUGAAAAUCUGAAAUCCGCAGUAGAAGACCAUAUAAAGCGCCCUUUGUCCAUCGACGAUAUUGCCCAAAUAAAAUUCUUGGUCCCAGACGCGGUAAACUUUGAGUAUGUGGACGAAGAAGCACUACAGCUACAGGUAUUUGAGGGGAACAAAGAGGUUAAUAAUAAAGAGCGAGAUAUAUAUUUACCGCCCGAGGAAAAGGGCAAAAAGGUCUUGCUGUUCGAAUAUACAGAUGGCGACUUCAGACAGAACCCAAAAGCUAAAUCAAACCAACAAGGGCGGCGGAAGGGGGGCGAUCGAGCCAAACUAACAGAGCCCCCACAAACAGAGGUGCUAAGAGUUAUAGCAAAACGAACUUCCAGAUUCGAACUUGCGGUUGAUAAGUUUAUAAAAGACUGUUCUGAGAAAUCUUUAGACCCUGUGGAACAAAUAAAACUCCGGCAACGAGUUCAUGUCCCCUCGAAUAGCCACGAAGAGAAUAGGAGCCCGCCCCAGUCCUCGAGUAAUCCACCAACGGAUACUCCUAAAGACCGCCCAUCCGUUCCCGAAAUAAUCGAAGAAAUAACCACGAGGUCUGAAUUUUAUAAAACUCAAAUAGUACCGAAUGGUCAUUUAAUUUUUCCCGCCCAGGAUCCCCGUUUUGGGAACCUCGACUUCCCACUCUCUCAAAUUCUCGUCGAUGCACUCUAUAACAUCAAAAACAUCACUCGUCUUUAUUCCCACCAAGCUACUGCUCUAAAUGACAUCUUCCACGGUGAAAACGUCGUGGUAUCUACAUCGACAUCAUCUGGUAAAUCCAUAAUAUACCAGAUACCUUUUCUUCAUCGACUUCAGGACGACCCAGAUUGCCGAGCACUACUCAUAUUUCCCACAAAGGCACUCGCCCAAGAUCAAAAGGCAUCGUUAGCAAAAAUGUUAGAAUUCAUGAAAGAUGAAGUGGGCGAUGUUUUAGUGGACACCUAUGACGGGGAUACACCGAAAGAUCAGAGGAGGAGAAUCAGAGAAGAGGCACGGGUAGUGUUUACCAAUCCCGAUAUGCUUCACCUUAACAUUUUGCCAAACGAGGAGCAAUGGAGGAGUUUCUUACGGAAUCUAAAGUUUGUGGUUAUCGAUGAACUCCACGUUUACAAUGGACUGUUCGGAAGCCAUGUUUCACUCGUACUGAGGCGGUUAAGGAGGAUAUGCUCAGCAGUUGGGAACAAUAGCGUUAUUUUUAUAGCUUGUUCUGCUACUGUUGAGAACCCGGAAAAGCAUAUGAAAGACCUUCUCGGUAUUUCCUCCGUAAAACUCACGUCAAUCGACGGCUCGCCCACCGGCGAAAAGACUUUUCUUUGUUGGAACUGUCCCUACAAAGACCCUACGGAUCUCCAAGCGGGCCGCGUGGACCCCGUUCAAGAAGCAGCAAAGCUAUUCGUCGAGCUGAUAGUCCGGGGGGUCCGGACGAUAGCAUUUUGCCGAGUUCGAAGAGUUUGCGAAUUAACAGUUUCGGCAAUCAAGCAAGUUCUUAUCGAUCGGGGAUUACCACAGCUUUCGGGUCGUGUGAUGAGUUAUCGGGGUGGAUAUUCAGCGCAAGAUCGAAGGAAUAUCGAAAACGAGAUGUUCAACGGCCAUUUAUUGGGGGUUGUGGCUACUACGGCUUUGGAAUUAGGUAUUGAUGUUGGGACACUUGACGCGGUUCUAAUGGUCGGUUUUCCAUAUUCGAUAUCCAAUCUCCGCCAGCAAAGUGGUCGUGCCGGCAGGCGAAAACAAGAUUCCCUCUCCGUUCUUAUUGGGGAUAGAUUCGCACUUGAUCAGCACUAUAUGUCCAACCCUGACCUCAUCAAAACGGCACCAAAUCCCAGUCUCCAUAUAGAUCUCGAAAAUAUUCUAAUCCUCGAAGGUCAUGUCCAAUGUGCAGCAUUCGAGAUGCCUAUAAAUCCAGAACAAGAUGCAAAGUAUUUCGGCACCAGCCUCAAGGCGCUAGCUGAUGAACGGCUGGUUAAAGAUAACCGAGGCUUUUACCACUGUCAUGACAGAUUCAGGCCUUAUCCCUCCCAGCAUGUUUCAAUCCGAGACACCGAGGAUGACCACUUUGCUGUUGUGGAUGUAACCCAGAAUCGAAACGUGGUAUUGGAAACCGUGGAGCCUUCAAGAGCACCAUUUACAAUCUACGAAGGUGCUAUAUUUUUACAUCAAGGACUUAAAUACCUUGUUCGCGAAUUCAAUGUUGAUAGAAAAAUCGCAAAAGUGGAGUUAGUGAAGGUAGAUUGGAUCACCCAACAACGAGACUUUACAGACGUCGACCCCGUUGAAACCGAAGCAACCCGAAAAAUUCCAGGAUCGACUUGCAAAGCAUACUUUGGUGAUGUAAAAAUCACAAGUGUGGUAUUUGGAUAUUUCAAAGUCGAUAGGAAGGGAAGAAAGUUCGACGCAGUUGAUGUUGAAACCCCUCCACUCGAAAUUUUGUCAAAAGGCAUGUGGCUGGACGUGCCACAGCUCGCGUUCGAGAUCCUACGAGUGAAAAAUUAUAAUAUCGCGGCUAGCAUACAUGCAGCAGAGCACUCCAUUCUGGCAUUGCUCCCCACUUUUGUGAUUGGUUCGGCCGGCGAUGUUAGAACGGAGUGUAAAGCUCCGCAAAAGGAAUUUGCAAAACGAGAAACGACGAGAAAGAGGCCAGGGCGGUUGACGUUUUACGAUGCCAAGGGUUGUGGUUCUACAGGUUCAGGGAUUACCGGGAAGGCAUUUGAGUUUGUCGAGAAACUAUUAAAAAUGGCGGUGGGGAGAAUCGAAGCGUGUCAGUGCACCGGCGGUUGUCCAGGAUGUGUGGCAUCCGAGAAUUGUAAGGAGUCAAAUGCAGUGAUUUCAAAGAUAGGUGCAAUGAUUGUGAUGAAGACGCUGCUAGGUGACGAAAUUGACUUAGAUGCUUUACCGGAGGCGGUUGAUGAAUCGGCGCCAGUAGGGGUUGAGACAGUCGUGCUGGCAGAAGAGGUACACUUCCGGGCUACUUAA